AUGUUGACAGAGUUUUUUACACUCAAUCGGAUAGACCCUGCAGCCAGAUCACUGACGUAUGCUGAUAUACCUGCAUCUUAUACAUUUCAUCUACGACCGAAACACUGGUCCAGGAGGAAGAAAGGAUAUGUGAUAGGCCGAAUUGUUUUCAUCCCACCCGGUACGACAGAUGUCUAUUUUUUACGCAUGUUGCUUACAAAGGUGGCUGGCCCCACAAGCUUCGAAGACCUCAUGACAGUUGAUGGCCGCCUCUGCAAGGACUACAAAGAAGCGUGUAUGCUUCGUGGCUACCUUAUUGAUGAUGGCGAACCGGAAGCAACCAUGGUUGAGGUCGGCCAAUGGGGAAUGCCGGCAUUGCUAAGAUCUUUGUUUGUGAUGAUACUGGUACAUUCCGAAGUUGCUGAUCCAAGAAAGCUGUUUGAGACAAAUUGGCGCCUCUUUGCAGACGACUUCUCAUAUCAAACCAGACGUACUUUGGAUAUGCAGUACUUUCAAGCUCCGGAUCAGUAUUUGCGGAAUGAGGUCAUCAAGCACAUUGAGGCUCUCUUACACACCCACUGCAGGUCUCUUGAUGAUUUUGGGUUGCCGCCCCCCGCUGAUUUGGGCCAAAAUCUGGUUGGCAAUAGGCUGAUAUGCGAGCAACUCAAUUACGAUGUCUGUAUGCAGCAGCGCACAGCAGAACAAAUUUACUCAACAUUGAACCGGGGACAGCAAGACGCGUAUCACAACAUCAUGAACUCUGUAGACGAAGGGGCUGGCAAGUUUUUUUUUCUCUACGGCCAUGGCGGCACAGGGAAGACGUAUUUAUACAAUACAAUCAUAGCUAAACUGCGCAGCCAACAGAAGAUCGUUCUGGUUGUUGCAUCCUCGGGCAUUGCAGCUACCUUGCUACCCGAUGGGUCUACCGGCCAUUCCAGGUUUAAAAUUCCAAUCAACAUUGUUAAGAAGGGAACUCAGUUGGCAGAAUUAUUACAGCAGACAUCGCUAAUUGUAUGGGACGAGGCACCAAUGACACACCGAUUCUGUUUUGAGGCUCUGAACAAAACCCUCUGCGAUCUCAUGGGUGUGCCCUUCAGUGGCCCUACCUUUAGGCCAUUUGGUGGAAAAACAGUGUUGUUGGGUGGGGAUUUCAGACAAAUUCUGCCAGUCAUACCCGGUGGAGGGCGCGAGGAAACUCUUAAUGCAUCAAUCAUCCGGUCUCCGUUAUGGUUGCACUGCCAUCUGCUCUGUUUGCAGCAAAAUAUGCGCAUCAAUCACGAUGUUAUCAAUGAAAGACUGGUUUUUGAUGGCAUGACAUUUCCGCAGUGGGUGCUUGCGGUUGGAAAUGGAACUGUGCCUGCUGCCUCCUUAGAUGACAAUAAUGAUCGAGCCUGGAUCAACAUCCCCACAUGUCUGGUCCUGCCACCUAAUGGUGACUCAAUUGCUCCAAUUGUUGAUUUUGUCUUCCAUGGCCUCCUUGACUCAUACAGGUCAGUUUCCUUUCUCAAGAACCGCGCUGUCAUAACACCGACAAAUGAAACAGUUUCCAGAAUCAAUGCAUCUGUGCUUUCAUGCAUUCCUGAGGAAACAAAGACAUACUACAGCACAGACAGUUUGUGUACCGAAUCGACAGAUGAUUCGGAGCUUGAAAAUCUCUACCCUGUCGAGUUCCUCAAUUCUCUGGUCUUCAAUGGAAUGCCUGAACACGAAUUGUCUUUGAAACUCUAUACACCAAUCAUGCUGCUGAGAAACAUCGACCCACCUGCUGGUAUGUGUAAUGGAACCAGACUCAUGGUAGUACAUCUUGGUACUAAUGCCAUUAAGGGGAUUAUACUCACCGGUACAUACGAGGGCACAGUUGUUGCCAUACCCAGAAUUGCUCUCAACUUCAGUGAACAUAAAUGGCCAUUCACAAUGAAGCGCAGGCAGUUUCCAGUGCGCCUUUGUUACGCCAUGACGAUUAACAAGAGUCAGGGCCAGACUCUGGAUCGUGCAGGAGUCUUCCUACCAAAACCUGUUUUUAGUCACGGCCAAUUGUAUGUUGCUAUUUCCAGGGUCCGGUCUGCAGCGGGUCUUAGAUUUCUCAUACACAAUGAUAGCAGCCUGCCCACCAACUGCACGAAGAACGUCGUCUACACAGAAUUGUACUCUGAACUGAUCUUCCAAGGUAACAGUGAAGGUUUUUUUUUUAACUCCAGACUGCAUAUAUCUUCGCCUUCUUUACCAUACAUAUUCUCAUACCAUUAUUUGUAUAGCAGAACCUGGACCUGA